GCAGUGUCCAACAACGCCGGUGUUGAUGAUUUCGGCUUGGGCCUUCUACUGCAGUCGAGGCAGAUCAAGCGCAUGAUCUCCUCGUAUGUUGGCGAGAACAAGCUCUUCGAGGAGUUGUACCUUUCCGGGCAGCUGGAGGUCGAGCUGACACCACAGGGCACCUUAGCGGAGCGCCUCCGCGCAGGUGGUGCUGGCAUCCCCGCCUUCUUCACUCGGACUGCUUUCGGCACAGCAGUUCACGAGGGAAGCAACGUGAUCAAGUACGGCCCAGGCGGUGCCAAGGCUGGCACCGUUGAAAUCAUGAGCGAGCCGAGGGAAGCCCGCGAUUUCGACGGCAAAGGCUACGUGAUGGAACGCGCCAUCGUCGGAGACUUUUCAAUCGUCAAAGCCUGGAAGGCCGACGAGCGUGGAAACCUGGUUUGGAAAGGCACAGCCCGGAAUUUCAAUCCAGACUGCGCCCGAGCGGGCAAGGUCUGCAUCGCCGAAGUGGAGGAGAUCGUGCCUGUGGGCGCCCUUAGCCCUGAGGAGAUUCACCUCCCUGGCAUCUAUGUGCACCGAGUAGUGCAGGGCGAGGGCUACCAGAAGCGGAUAGAGAAGAGAACGAUCUCCUCCGGAGGCGACAUCAAGGUAGACAAGCGAAGAGAGCUCAUCAUCAGGCGAGCAGCCAAAGAGCUGUCGGACGGCAUGUACGUCAAUCUCGGAAUUGGGAUGCCAACGCUCGUGAGCAACUACCUCGAGCCGGGGGUGCGCAUUGAACUCCAAAGCGAGAAUGGGCUCCUCGGAAUCGGGCCGUAUCCGACAGAGGGAGAGGUCGAUCCCGACCUCAUUAAUGCGGGAAAGGAGACGGUCACCAUGAUUCCUGGCUCUUCGCUCUUCUCCUCCUCGGAGUCCUUCGGCAUGAUCCGAGGGUCCAAAGUGGACGUGACGAUCCUGGGGGCCAUGGAGGUGGCUGCAAACGGGGACCUUGCCAACUGGAUCAUUCCUGGGAAGAUGGUCAAGGGCAUGGGAGGAGCCAUGGACCUCGUGUCCUCCAACUCGAAGGUGCUCGUCGUCAUGGAGCAUGUGGCGAAGGGCAACAAGCACAAGCUGAAAAAGAGCUGUGAUUUGCCACUUACCGGCAAAAGAGUCGUAGAUCGCUGCAUCACCGACCUUGCCGUCUUCGAUUUCGCCACCGAGGGAGCUGAGGUGCCUCCAACUUUGGCAGAGAUCGCGCCAGACACCACCGUCGAUGCCGUCAAGGAGGCAACAGGCUUCGACUUCGUGGUAGCAGAGCCUUUGAAGACCAUGCUUGCCGACUGA